AUGACAUAUCGACUCAUGGCCCGGGGCAGCCCAAGAUGGGCAAUCCAUAAGCAAAUGCCAAAGGGCUUCCCGAGUCUCUUCAAGCAUUUAGAUACGGUGGCUAGAUCGAGAUCACACACGUCCCUGGGGGCAUCAACCGCUCUUAGCUCAACGGAGUCAAGUCACAUACCAUCAUCUCACCUCGCAACAAAUCAUCGAAGAAGGACACACACCAUCGAGUCCCCGUCCUCGCCAGCCAUCCCAGCACCCUACUCACCACCCACAUCGGGCAUCCUCUCCUACCUCCCGACAUCAUGGGUGCCCUACGGCGAACUGAUCCGCAUCGACAAGCCCACGGGGACAUACUACCUCUUCUUCCCCUGCCUAUUCUCAACCCUCAUGGCAGCGCCGCUAGCCACACCCACCAGCUCCCCGCUAACCGUCCUCGGCACGACGGCGCUCUUCUUCAGCGGCGCCCUCAUCAUGCGCGGCGCCGGCUGCAGCAUCAACGACCUCUGGGACCGCAACCUCGACCCCUCGGUAACGCGCACGCGACACCGGCCCAUCGCGCGCGGCGCCCUCACGCCCCUAGCAGCGCUCACAUUCACCGGCGCGCAGCUGCUCACGGGUCUAGCCGUCCUCCUGCAGUUCCCGACCUCGUGCUUCUUCUGGGCGACGCCCAGCCUGCUGCUCGUGGCCAGCUACCCGCUGGCCAAGCGCGUCACGUACUACCCGCAGUUUGUGCUGGGGCUGACCUUCUCGUGGGGCGCCAUGAUGGGGUUCCCGGCGCUGGGCGUCGACCUGCUGGCCGACGGCGCGGCGCUGACUGCCGCCGGGCUGCUGUACGCGAGUAACGUGGCUUGGACUGUGCUGUACGAUAUGGUAUAUGCGCAUAUGGAUAUCCGGGACGACGUCAAGGCGGGCAUCAAGAGCAUUGCGCUGAAGCACGAUGCGGACACGAAGAAGGUGCUGUCGGGCUUGGCGGUGGUGCAAGUCGGCCUGCUUGGGGCGGCGGGCGUGGCGGCGGGUGCGGGCCCGGUGUUCUUCGUGGGCAGUUGUGGAGGCGCCGCGCUGACGCUCGGCUGGAUGAUCAAGAAGGUUAAUCUGAAGAAUGUCAAGGAUUGCUGGUGGUGGUUUGUUAAUGGGUGCUGGACCACUGGUGGGGUAAUCAGUCUGGGGCUGGGGGCAGACUACUUGAUACGAUAUGUCGAAGACGGCGAGAAGGAUGUCCAGCCGACAUAG